AUGGCCUGUCGAUUCUUCCUGGGUGUAGCUGAGGCUGCCUACGGACCCGGCGUUCCUCUGUAUCUGACUUACUUCUAUCCUCGCGAGAUGGUCGGCUUCCGUCACGGUGUCUUCAUUGCUGCUAAUGCCUACGGCGGUGCUCUCGCAUAUGCCAUUUCUCACAUCAACGGAAGCAUCGCCCCGUGGAGGAUCCUGUUCUUGAUUGAAGGGCUUCCUACAUGCGUAUUUGCCCUGGUACCCUUCUUCUUUCUCCCGGAUUCUAUCGCCCAGGCCACCUUCCUGGACGACCGCGAGAAGGAAGUUGCAUACCACUUCGUCGCACGCAACCAACGCCUCGACGUCGACAAGAACCAGGGCCUCCGCGUCAAAGAGAUGUUCGAGGGUUUGAAAGACCCGAAAUCAUACCUGCCAGGUAUCAUGUAUUUCAGCUGCAACGUCUCCUUCGCCUCCCUCCCCCUCUUCGUCCCCACCAUCAUCUCGCAACUCGGCAUCUUCACUACGAUCCAAUCCAACGGCCUCUCCGCCCCACCCUACCUGCUCUGCUUCUUCUACAUCAUCUUCAUCUGCUGGUGCUCCGACCACUUCAAAAUGCGCGGGCCCUUCUGCGCUCUGUCCGGCUUGAUCGCCUUCAUCGGCUUCGCCAUCAACGCCUCCUCCGAGUCCCCUGGGGUCCGGUACUUCUCCAUCUUCUUCUCGGUCCAGAUCUUCGCUUCCGUUGCUCUACUCCUGGCAUGGACGGCGAAUAUCCACGCGACGGAGAGUAAGCGGGCUGGUGGAUAUACUGUCCUUGCUACACUGGGCCAAUGCGGUCCGUUGCUGGGCACGAAUGUGUUUCCGGAGUCGGAGGAGCCACGGUACCGGAAGGGCCUGUGGAUUUCGGCUGCUUUUUGUCUGUUGGUGACGGCGGUCAGUACGGGUUUGAGCUUGUGGCUUAUCCAUGAGAAUAAGAAGAUGGAUAAGGAGGGCGUGCCGGAGGUGCAGGGGUUCGAGGAGACGAGUGUGGCGAGGGAGACGGGGGAGCAUGAGAAGCAUCGGUUUAUUUGGUGA